AUGAAAACACCUGGAACUGUCAUUUUCCCCGACACUUCUGGAAAUAGGGUGGAUGUAUAUUAUCUACAGCUUUUGGAGAAUCUCGAUGAGAUGAACAAAUACUCUUGGGCUACUGGGGUGCUUGCUUUUGUUCUAGGAGAGAUGAGCAAAAGGUCGAGGAUUAAGACAAAUCAAAUUGGAGGUUACUUAACUCUUGUUCAGGUUUGGAUUUACGACCACUUCCCUUCACUGGGAUUGGCUAAGGAAAAGACACCUUAUCCCUAUGGCCAACCUACAACAGGAAAAUGGUUGUUUUGGGACCCACAAAAGAAGUCUAAAGAAGAGCAGUUGACUUCGUUGAGGGAGAAAUUGGAUAAACUUACGGUGAACAAUGUGGUAUUUCACCCAUACGCCGUACCCGAUGAUGUCCCUGUAGAUGAAGAAGAUCUGAAUGGUUUCUCUACCGUCUCGGAUUACUAUGGACCAAUUUGGUAUCCUAACGGCUACGCAAUAUAUAAUCCAAGGAGAAUACUAAGACAACUUUGUUGCGUCCAAAUGGAUCCCGACGUGGAGAAUGAGAAUUUCAAUUUGCUGGUUGAAGGAACAAAGAACACCGAGAAAUAUUUUGAGCCAAAACAUGAACCAACUCCUACGGUAGCACAUUGGAAUACACUUGGUAACUACUACUUACCUUUAGGUGAUUGUGUGCCUUGUGAGGGAGAUGUAAAUGCAUGUGAUGAAGAUUAUAUGGAGUUUUAUCAAGAAAUUAGUCAUCCUUUUGUGAUAAAUAAAGAACAACAAGCUAAGACUGAUGCGGCGAGGCGAAGGCAAAGAAGAGGGAGGCUAAGAGAGCUCAUAAGGAGAUGCCUAUUUGUGGAGAAGAAACAAAAAGGUUAUGGGAUAAUGUAG